CAACGUCACAGGUUUGAAUGAUACCAAAAGCCGGAUAGUGAAAUCAGCCAGAACGUUCUGCGAGGCUCACGGUGCUGAGAUAGAGGCGCUUGUGUGUGUAAUACUAUAGAGUCUAAAGUGAAAAUGGUGAAGGAAACAGCAUAUUAUGACGUGUUGGGUGUCAAACCCAAUGCAAGUGCAGAUGAACUGAAGAAAGCCUACAGGAAACUGGCUCUGAAGUAUCACCCAGACAAGAAUCCCAAUGAAGGUGAAAAGUUCAAACAGAUUUCCCAGGCCUAUGAAGUGCUCUCUGAUUCCAAAAAGAGAGAGCUGUAUGACCGUGGUGGGGAACAGGCCAUUAAAGACGGUGGCACAGGAGGCAGUGGCUUCGGCUCACCGAUGGACAUCUUUGACAUGUUCUUCGGGGGAGGUGGAAGAAUGCAUAGGGAAAGAAGAGGAAAAAAUGUGAUUCAUCAGCUGUCUGUAACCCUGGAAGACCUUUACAAUGGGUGCACAAGAAAACUUGCACUUCAGAAGAAUGUGGUCUGUGAUAAAUGUGAAGGGCGUGGUGGCAGGAAGGGAGCGGUGGAGUGCUGUCCUAGCUGUCAUGGGACAGGAAUGCAGGUGCGAAUUCACCAGAUUGGACCCGGCAUGGUGCAGCAGAUCCAGUCAAUCUGCACAGGGUGUCAUGGCCAGGGACAGCGCAUCAAUCCCAAGGACAAGUGCAAGACCUGCAAUGCAAGAAAGAUUAUUCGGGAAAAGAAGAUACUGGAAGUUAACAUUGACAAAGGCAUGAAAGAUGGACAGAAGAUAACAUUUGCAGGUGAAGGAGAUCAGGAGCCAGGGUUAGAACCUGGAGACAUAAUUAUUGUCCUGGAUCAAAAAGAGCAUCCCGUGUACACAAGACAAGAAGAAGACUUGCUUAUGCAGAUGGAAAUUCAGUUGGUAGAGUCGCUCUGCGGCUUUAAAAAGCUCAUCACAACACUUGAUAACAGAACUCUAGUCAUAACAUCACAUCCAGGCAAUCAACCUGGUGAGCUCAAGUGCCUUCUGAAUGAGGGGAUGCCAACAUACCGCAGGCCAUAUGAAAAGGGUCGUCUCAUCAUUCAGUUCAAGGUUGUCUUCCCAGAGGAGAAAUUUAUCCCACUGGAUAAACUGAAGCAGUUGGAAAAGUUGCUUCCCAAAAGGCAAAAGACUGAAUCCAUUGAUGAUGUGGAGAUAAUGGAGGAGGCCGACUUGGAGGAUUUUGACAUGUCCCAGGAAAGGCGGCGGCAUUAUAACGGAGAGGCUUACCAUGAUGAUAAAGCCGAUCACAAGAGAAGUGUUCAGUGUCAGACUUCCUAAAACAAAAAAGUGACCUUCCCCUUCAUCCAUUACUUUUCAUUAAUUUGCUGUCCAUUUCUUAACUGCAGUGGCCUACAUAUUUUGAAAUUUGUUAUGAAGCAGUUGCCUUCUGUGGGUGUCUUUCUAUGUUAAGUGUUUUCAUUUCAAUCCAGUUGCAUGUUUUUUAAUAAUAAUGAAAAUUAUGCGCCCAACAAAAUGUAGUGGUUAGCAAGAUCUGGAAGUGUAGACUAGUUUCCUUUUUUUUUUCACAUCCACGUUACUGGUAUAAGGUAUGUGAACUGUACAGUCUUUAACACAUUAAAAGUCAAAAUGCAUAGACCUAACAUGAGUCAUGCCAUGUUAGUGUUGCCCCACCAUUUUGGUUAUUAAGUGCAAAUGUAACUUCAAGAAUGUUUUAAAAAUGUAGAUCAGUUUUGAUAUGUAUAUUUUUUUAAGAGCUUGUGUUCUGUAAAUAUGGCAUUUUACUUACACCCCGGUGGGCUAGAACCAUUCAUUUUACUGUUUCUAUUUGUAUAUUGGAAUUCGAAACCAUCUUUUGCCUCCUUAGUUUCAACAAAGUUAAGAGAAAACAAAAUAUUAUAGUACUUAGUCUUGAACCAUACUUCUCCAUGGAUUUUGUUAUUAAACCAUUCAACCUUAAAUAUCUUCAAACAGAAGUCAUGAGGAAUAAUGAAUAAAUACACAUGCAUACUGUAA